UUUAUUGAUUAAAUUAGAGCAGUGCUCUUUAAAAAGAAUUUUUUUUAAAGCCAUACAAGGAAUUGUUUUGUUUGUUGGUUAAAUUAUACCACUUAUCUACAACUAUGAGGCUGCUAGCCUGUGAGGAAAAAGCUGUUCCUAGAGCUUCUCCCAGAAUAGGUUCAAAGUGGGGCUUCCAGCCUUUCUGGAGGGCAAAUCCAGUUGGUGGUUUGGGAUUAUGAAUAUGUAAAGAGAUUUUUAACUUACACAGAAUGCAUUUUUGGGGAACUCAUGAAAAACUUUUAAAAGGUUGAUGGUUCAUUUAGAUUGAAAAAUUAUGGGUAAGCCACUCAGCAGGCCAGACUGUUUAAGGCAGAACCCCACCUGCCUGGGGAAGGGAGAGGAAGAGGAUGGCUAUAUAGAGGACUGCUAUGUUCCACAGCGGUCUAUAUAUGAUACAAUGAGGAUAAAUGAACAAAUUGACCAAGGGUCAAAGCUUAAUCAGACUUCAAAAAGCACCAUGGAAAAGAUGGAAGGAAGUACUAUGUCCAGCAAUGGUACGUUAGGAGCAGCAGCUAAUGUUUUUGAGUCUAGAGCACCAGAAGGCAAAAAGCUGGAUGAGAGAAUAAUAUUUGAUGCACUGAAACUAAGCAGUGAUGUGCAGAAGUUGGCACCUGUGCCGCCCAGAAGGCGACCAAAUACAGAACGCAAAGACAAUGUUAACAGGAGAUCAUGGAAGUCCUUCAUGCCACCCAAUUUCCCAGAAUUUGCAGAAAGAAUGGAAGCUUCUCUCAGUGAGGUUUCAGAAGCUGGUGCUUCAAAUCCUUCCUUGCAAGAAAAGAAGGAAUCCAGUUCUGCAUUAACAGAAAGUUCUGGUCAUUUGGACAACAGGGAACCUCAGUUAGAGUCAGUAACUCUGGAACAUGUGUCCAAAUCCAUAGGUAUUCCAGAAGUGCAGGAUAUGAAAAACUUAAGUGGAGACUGCCAAGACUUCAUAUUUCAGCAGCACAGUGAGAGCUCUCCUAAUGAAUUCCAGCCUCUAGAAUCAGAAGCUGCAGCAGCAAGUGGUAACACAGAUGUAAUGCAGGAACACAGAUUCUCAAGUGCAACCUGGCCCAGAGCCAUGAAAAGUUUGGCUAAGGGAGGCUUCAGUGAGAAGCAGCACCCCCUUGGGGACGCAGCUUGCACUGUGGAAAUGCCACCUCUCUCCCCUUGCCUGAGUGAAGAGCUGUUGGAUCCAGAAUUGCAUGUUCUCAUAACCCCCAGCCUGAGAGAGAAAACGGAGUCUGAACUAAAGUUUGAGGAGGAUGAGCGAUGGAUUAUGAUGGAGGCUGAGGAGGAAUGGGAGAAACUGUCAGAGAGAGAAAAGACUUUUCUAAUGGCAGAUGAGAAAAAGAACAGCCUGACAGAUAUUUUUGAAGACAGAGAACAAGCAAACACUGGAGCAGUGGUGGAGGAUGGGUCUGAUUGCUCAGCUGCUAUCUUGGAGAAUUUUGACCCCCUAGCUCUUGGUCAGAUUUGCUGCUCUGAUGACCUACAGCCACCUGAGAACCACUUGGCUUCUGUUCUCACGGAUACACCUCUUGAUUACAGUUGUAUUCUCAUAGGUGAGAAUGAUAUAGGUAAGCUGAAAAACAGAACUUCCCAGGAGCUGGAGGACCUUAUUUCCGAUUUAGAAUACACUGUUGGUCCUGUCAAUUCAGAGCAGCUCUCUGACACAGAUUCAGUGCAGAUGUUUCUUGAACUUGAAAAAGAAUGUUUAUGUGAAGAAGGAGGAACCCCUCUAGUUGAGCUGGAGAACCAAGCUUCUUCUGAAGGGCUGGCCCCACCCCAGGAUACAGAAAAUUCACUUGUAAUUAGUCACUUUUCAGGGGCUGCCUUAGAAAAGGAACACAUUAGCAUUUUAAAUGUAAGGGUGAAAGACGAUGAUACUGGAUUGGAUUGUGAAUAUUUUAAUGCCCUGGAUUCUUCUCAGGUGCCUAAUGCUGUGGAACUUAUUGCCCUUUCUGAUAACAUGAGGGACACUUCCACUGUUAGUGAGAAGUGUGAAAAAGUGCCUUUUAGCCCCAAGACUGCAGGGGAAUUUAGGUUCAGACACCCCGCUGAUCUGGAGUCACCAGGAAAGCUGGGCCCAGGAGGAUUGCCCAACUCUGACUGCAGGGUUUCUCAUGAAGAAAAUUUAUCAGCCUUUGAAGCUGAACUGGCCAAAGAAAAUGGCUGUUUGUUCCAGGUAGACUGCAGUCAAAUUGAGGGGAAUGUUGAGAGGGUCCCCCUCGGUUCUGCUUUUAGCUAUGAACUAGCAGAUAUUACCUCAGGAUCUGAAGUAGAGGUGUUAUCAUGUGGUUCACAUUUACCAACAGAUGAGAUUCAUUUGGAAAGUGAGAAAGGAGCUGUUAAUCAAGAAAAUAGUCUGACUUCCUUGGGAACUGUGGAACCUUGUGAAUUGUCCACAGAGAAAGUUUAUGAUGAGUCACAAGAGCUGGGUUAUGAAGCCCAGCUUUUGGAGGACCAAGCCCAAGCACAUUUUUAUGGAGACUUCCCAGAGCAGGUCUUCCAGGAUCUCCAGAGAAAGUCCCCAGAGUCAGAGAUUCUGAGUCUGCACCUGCUGGAUGGAGGACAGAGACAUAACAGUGAUGGAGAAGGUACUGUGAAUGACAUAAAGUCCAAGCUGAAUGUGGCAUCACUGAGUGAAGAUGAGACAGAAAUGAGAGAUUCAGAGUCAUUGCUGAAUAUCUUUCUGGGGGAACAAAUUACCAAGGCUAGUAAUACCGAACCAGUUUUGGAGGAAUGGAUACCCAUCCGAGAGAAACCUGCCCCAACUGCUGCAGUGUCCACUAUAGAAGAUGCCCUAGAUGCUGCAGUGCUUGCCCCAGAGGGAACUGCUGUAGCUGCUGUCACAGUGCCCUUUCCAGAUGAGGACAUGCCAGUUGCUUCAGUGGCCACCAUUGAGGCACAUGUCCCAGCUCUUGCAGUGCCUGCUUCUGAGGGGACUGCUCCAGCUGCUGCAGUACCCACCACAGGGGAGGACAUCCCAGAGGGCUCUGUCACCCCAGCUGCUGUAGUGCCUGCUCCAGAGGAGCCUGUUACCCCAGCUGUUAUAGUGCUCACCCCAAAGGAGUGCACAGCUCCAGCUGCUGCUGUGCCCACCCCAGAGGAGCCUGCAGCCCCAAUUGCUGCUGUGCCCACCCCAGAGGAGCCUGCAGCCCCAACUGCUGCCGUGCCCACCUCAGAGGAACCUGCAGUCCCAACUGCUGCAGUGCCCACCUCAAAGGAACCUGCAGCCCCAGCUGCUGCUGUGCCCACCCCAGAGGAGCCUGCCGCCCCAACUGCUGCAGUGCCUACCCUAGAGGAAGCUGCAGCCCUAACUGCUGCAAUGCCCACCCCAGAGGAAGCUGCAGCCCUAGCUGUUGCUGUGCCCACCCCAGAGGAGCCUGCUGCCCCAACUGCUGCAGUGCCUACCCCAGAGGAAGCUGCAGCCCUAACUGCUGCAGUGCCCACCCCAGAGGAAGCUGCAGUCCCAGCUGCUGCUGUGCCUACCUCAGAGGAGCCUGUAGCCCCAACUGCUACAAUGCCCACCCCAGAGGAACCUGCAGCCCCAACUGCUGCAAUGCCCAUCCCAGAGGAACCUACAGCCCCGGCUGCUGCUGUGCCCACCCCAGAAGAGCCUACAUCUUCAGCUGAUAGAGUGCCCACCCCACAGGAGUCUGCCACUGCAGCUGCUGCAAUGCCCACCCCAGAGGAAACUGCAGCCCCAGCUGCUUCAGUGCCCUCCCCAGAGGAAACUACAACCCCAGCUGCUGCAGUGCCCUCCCCAGAGGAACCUGCAUCCCCAGCUGCUGCAGUGCGCACCCCAGAGGAACAUGCAGGCUCAGUUGCUGGAGUGCCCACCCCAGAGGAACUUGCAACCCCAGCUGCUGCAGUGCCCACCUUAGAAGAACCUGCCACCACAGCUGAUAGAGUGCCCACCUCUGAGGAGCCUCCCACUCCAGCUGCUGCAGUGCCUGCUGUGGAAGAAGUGUUCCUUGCUGGUGUGCACUUCCUGGGAGAUACUGUCCACACUGAUUCAGUGCCUAUCUCAGAAGAAGGAACUCCUGUUCUAGAGGAUUCUUCCUCCACUGGAAUGUGGAUCAAGGAGGACCUUGAUUCUCCAGCAUUUGGAAUAAAAGAGGUGACUGGCACAGUGCUGCAUGGGAAAGUGCCUCUGGCUGCAAGUGAUGGAUUAAAUUCAAAUGAGGUAAUUGUUGCUCAUUUUGUUAGGGAAGAAUCUAGAGAGUAA